UAACCUCGGCUUGAAGAUAUAUAGCCCUAGUAGUUCGCUGAGGAGUUGAAGAAAAAAGUUUAUUUCUGGGUUCCUUUUACUAUCUAAUUCCCAACAAAAACGAAUGAACAACGACUGCCAUUAAUGGCAGCUGCAAGUGAUGUGAGAGCAAUAUCAUGUAUUGGGGAAUGGAAGAAGAGGAAUUUGAUAGUCAGACCCAAAAAAACAAGUGUUUUAAUGAUGGGUCCUGGAGGGAGAAUUAACAAUCCUGGAACUGGGAGUUUAGACAUGAUCAACGGGAAAAAAGUGAACGGUGUUUACGUUCCCAAUUCCGUAAAGCAUAAGGAGGAUAGAGAUGUGAAAGAAAGAAGUAUGAUUGGUAGCUUUGUGGAGGACAUGUUUGUGUACAGGCAAACCUUUGUUAUUCGAUCGUAUGAGAUUGGACCAGACAAGACUGCCACCAUGGAAACACUCAUGAAUCUCCUACAGGAGACGGCGUUGAAUCAUGUAAUGAGCUCUGGGCUUGCCGGAGAUGGGUUUGGCGCCACUCGUGAGAUGAACCUAAGAAAACUCAUAUGGGUUGUUACUCGUAUCCAUAUUCAAGUAGAGAGAUACAGUUGCUGGGGAGAUGUUGUUGAGAUAGAUACAUGGGUGGAUGCAGCAGGGAAGAACGGAAUGUGUAGAGAUUGGAUUAUCCGGGACUGUCAGACUCAGGAGAUCAUAACAAGAGCAACCAGCACAUGGGUGAUGAUGAACAGAGAAACAAGAAGAAUAUCAAAAAUCCCUCAACAAGUAAAGCAAGAAGUAGAGCCAUUCUACCUAACCAGAUAUGCAAUUGCCCCAGAAAAGAAUGACACUGAAAAGAUCGACAAACUUACUCAUCAAACUGCACAGAUCAUCCGCCCAGGUCUAGCUCCGAGAUGGAACGACAUGGAUGCUAACCAGCAUGUCAAUAAUGUAAAAUACAUUGGAUGGAUUUUGGAGAGUGUGCCAAUAAAAGUGUUGGAAGAUUAUAAGCUGAGAAGCAUGACACUUGAGUACAGACGGGAAUGUCGGCAGACAAAUUUGCUGGAGUCACUGACGAGUGCGAGAGAGAGUUUGGGCAACAACAAUCGGAAACCAGAGUUGGAAUACACACACCUCCUCCGCCUGCAAGCUGAUGGUGCAGAGAUUGUGAGAGGAAGAUCAGAAUGGAUAUCCAAACACAAAAACAAUUGACCGUUUUUACAUUUGUUUUCCUUUUUUUCUUCCAAAACCAUUCUUUUGUUUUUGUUUGAUGUAGUAAUGAUAAUAACGAAGAAGGGAUCCUUGAUCACGAAUCGUUUUUGGUGGUGUUGGGCUGAAACCCAGAUUGCUUGUAAUGAGUAUGGAUUGUGAUAGGCCAAAACCCUCCU